AUGAUGUACGUGGAUGUUUUCAUGAAUUACAAUUUCAAGCAGCCAAUGAGGGAGCACCGCUGGGACAGCCACCCCGACCGGCCGCUCACCUUGAGAGUAAAUAUAGACAGCCAACGGCGGCAGCAGCCCCGCUACGCUCCAUUCCACCCGCUGCCGGCGGCGCCUUAUAAAGCAGAGCCACAGUGCCCGUUCAUUGUGCAGCGGCAGGAGCGCUCGUAUUUUGGGCGUAACGGGGACCGGUCUGGAGCCGGUGAGGCGGGUGUCCGCCCCCCGCGCGGUCCGCCGCCGCCGCCGCCGCCGCCGCCAAGGUCGCAGCCGCCGCCGCCAGCGUAUAAAGCCGCCGGCGCUGCUUCCCUCGCCACUCUGCAGACCGCUGCCGCCGCUGUCCGCUGUCCGUCGUCCGCAAUGAAGCUCCUGGUGGUGCUGUGCAGUGUGGUGGCCGCUUGCGCCGGCCAGGUGCUCCUCUACCCGGCCCCGCUGCUGCGCUACAAUCACCUGGCGCCUCUGGUCGCUCCCAUCUCGACGCAGUUCCGCGCUCAGGACGAGCUGGGCCAGUUCACAUUCGCCACGGCCGGGGACAACCAGGGCCGCGUGGAGAGCAAGUCGCUGGACGGCGCUGUGCGAGGUGCCUACAGCUACGUCGACCCCACGGGCAAACUGGUGAACGUGCAGUACGUCGCCGACGACAACGGCUUCCGCGUGGUGGGCGCCAACAACCUGCCCGAGGCGCGAUCCAGCGCCCCGGCGCCCGUCAGCGACACCCCGGAGGUGGUGGCGGCGCGCGCGCUCUUCCAGAAGCAGUACGAGGAGGCGGCGCGCGCCGCGGAGGCGGCGCCCGAACAGACGCUGAGCCGACGCCGGCGCCAGGCGGUGCUGCCCGUGCCCGUGUUGCUGCCCGCUGCCAGGACCACCGUCAAGGUCGCCAGAUACGAGCCCGUCGACGCCGCCGUGCCCGCCUCCACCCGCAAGGUCGAGCUGAAGGAGAAGGAGGAGGAGGUGCUGGCGGCCGCCCCCGUGCCCCUGCCGCUGGCCUACGCCGUGCCGGCGGUGCCCGCCGCCCCCAAGGCCAAGGUGCACCAGGUGGAGGCGGUGGACGCCGCCGUGCCCGCCGCCACCCGCAAGCUGGAGGUGAAAGAGAAGGAGGCGGAGCUGGUGCCCCUGCUGCCGCUGCCCGCCGCGCGCUUCGUCGUGCUCUGAGCGCGGCUCGCACUCAGCCCCACCCGCCAACCACAUCACAGCCACCCGCCACUCCCUCCCUCAGAGGCCUCCGCGACCACCGACCCAGCCACGACGUCAUCGGCGACAGCUCGGAACCCGACUGACCCGACUCU